AUGGCGUACAACCAUCGCAUGAGUAUGGCUGGCUCCCAGCAGCAGCACAACCGGGGUCGCAAGAAGGAAGACGAUAAUGACGCAUUGAUGCGCCUGCCUGAUAGAGAAAUUGCAGGAUGUAUCAACGACAUCGGUAUUCCGUUCACGGCAGCCGACUUGGCCAAACCGAAUCCCCAGCAGAUCCAGAUGGUCUUCGAAUGGUUCGCCGAGCUUCUCAUGAACAUUACGCGCGAGACGGUUGAACCAGCUAUGCAUGCAGCUGCGGAAGAUACAUGCGGCGACUACCCCGACAUCGUCCCCAAUGAUACUCGGAACCUCAUGGGAUUUUUCAUAAGCGUUCGGAGACUACUAACGGAGUGCGGCGUCAACGACUUUACCUUCACCGACCUGACAAAACCGACCCACGACCGACUUGUUAAGAUCUUCUCCUAUCUCAUCAACUUCGUUCGCUUCCGCGAGUCGCAGACACCCAUAAUCGACGAGCACUUCAACAAAACCGAGAAAACCAAAUCGCGCAUCGAUGAGCUGUUCGCUGAGAACCAGGAAAUGGAGCAACGCCUAGCGGAGAUGCGACAGAACCAACAAGCCAACGAGUCUCAGGUUCGCGAGAAAGUGGCCAGGAACGACGAGCUCAAGGCACGCCUGAUAGAGCUGGGCCGAGAGCAGUCACGAGUGGCAGAGACACUUGACCGAGUCAAGAGCGAGAGGCAACGGCGGCAGCAACAACUGGAGGAAAAGAUGGAGAAGACCGUCCGGAGCCGUCAAGAAGCCGAAAAGCUGCGGCCUUAUGUUCUCGAGUCUCCCGCCACCUUGCAGUCGUCCUUGACCGAAUUGGCUGAGAAUCUCAUGCGCGAAAAGGCUCAGAUCGACGCGAUGGAGAAGCGGGCACGCGCUCUCCAGACCUCCUCGGAUACUUUUACGGUUGUUUCCAACGACGUGCAAGCGUGCGUGAAGCUACUCGAUGACAUUUCCUCCGAGCUCCAAAAGGAAGAUGAAGAGGAGUCCCGCGCGGCCCGCAACAAGGAGGCGAUUUCGGAUCGAGGUAACAGCGUCCGGGAAGUGGAACAGACUGAGAAGCUCCUGCAGCGGCAACUGGCCCGUUGGCACGAGAGAAUCGAGGGUCUUCGCAAAAAUGCACAGGAGAAGGCCGAGAUUGCUCAGGCCCGGAUGGAGGAGCUCCGCAAUGUCCAGAAGCAGCUUCGCGAGGAGCGAGCAGAGAAACAACGUGACAUGGAGCGCAGGCGGAUUCGCAUUGAGCAGACUGAGAAGAAAAUGGUCGAUCUUAAAGAAAACAUCGAGAGUGAGAUUCAAUCAGCCCAUGAUCAAUAUCUCAAGCUGGAAGCCCACAUCAAGCUCUACAUCACGGAGGUGGAAAAGUCACUGUGA